CACGAUCGAUGGGUUCGACCAGCCCCCACUUCACAACUCGCCUCCCUCCGACCAGACGCCAACGCGAUGUUGGCUGGCAUGCGCUCAUCGCCGUCCAGGAAAUACAAGGGAGAAGAUCUCGUCAAACAAUCGCAGCUGGUCAAGGUCAAGCCGUCGCCACCGUCGGCGUCGACCAGGUUCACGCAAUGGAUCGCAUCGCUCACCACCCGACAGGCUAAACUCCACCGACUUAAGAAGACGCCGCACCCCACACAGACUCCAUCGACACCAACAACGUCCAAGCAAUCCAUUACCCGAUUAGCAGGGCAUGACGCUGGAAUCCCGGACUGCUGUCGUCGCUUUGUCAAGAACGCCCUCUCCUCGAAGCAACCGACGUACUCCUCCGGACGUAUUUACUACAAAUACCUCGAUGGAUCAAUCCUUCUCAACCAGUCUACCGUCGUGGGGGGUCGUCGCGUACCAUUCUUCACCCCCCACGUCUCAACGUGGCGACAAGAGCGACCGAGACUCCGCGCAUUGACUCCGAUAGCCGAAGAAUCCCAGGAAAAACUAUGCGAGGGCUGUCACUCAUACAAGUUUAGCCAUCAACCCAACACGUCCUGCGUUGCGCUGACUCGCAUCAUUCGACGUGUGUCAAGCCACCGUCAUUGCGAAUCGUCUGUGGUUCAGGCGCGACUCGUGUCGUCGGCAGCUCCUGUCCCUGUGUUCGACGUCUAAUUUACUGUCGUUGUUUCAUGGAUCUGCCGCAUACCGUUCUGCGGGAUCUCGCCGCGCGAGAUCGCGACGCCGGCAGGCUGUGAGUGGGACGACUUGGCCUUGUUUGUCUCCAGUGUUUCAAAAUUUGGAAAAACUCGAGUCGAAAAUUUGAAUUUUCGUGUGUAAUCGACCAAGAUUGAUUCUAUUUUUCGAAUAUCAUGCUGUUUGGUCGAUGUCACCAAAAACUGAC